UGUUUAGUAUCGACGUUGUUGCUAGUGUGUCGUUGCUCGCUCUCUCGCUCCUCCAAAUUGCAGAUUCCAAAUUUAUAAUUGUGUUUACGAGUGCGACGAAAGUAUUGGUGCCGUUUCGAUCGAGAGAUAAUGAUCGAAAUCGCGAAACAGAUACCGGAGUACAUUGCGGAUACGCGAUUAUGUGUCCGUAUCGUUACCACGCUACAUUAGCAACCCUCGAUAUCAUUAAUCAUGGUCCUGCGUGAUCGCGAUCUACCAGGACACGAGCAACAUGCCGAGCGACAACUAUUUGGGAAAGACGCACACACAUGUCGCAGUGAUAGCGAUUAUGACGUUGCUUCUGCUCACGCUAAAUAUCAAGUGCAUAGUUGCAGAUACCGCCGAGAGCUUGCAACGAGGAUGCAAAUUAGAAGGCCUUCACCCUCUCCUUAUUGUUACCUAUAAAGAGAUCACUAUAUCUGUAGACAAGAUCACGGUACCUCACAAUGAACGAAUCACAGUGAGGUGUCGAGAACUAGGUAAAUACAAACUCAUCGGCGAGCCUUUGUUACACUGCCGUAAUAGUACGUGGAACGGAAAGACACCUUAUUGCGUGCCUACCACGGCCAUUUCCAACUAUACUGAUAAUGUACCGCCGACCAUUGUCUUCGGUCUACCAGCCGGUUCGGCCGCCGUAGAGCCAACUGGUGCACUCGCUGUCUUCCCAGGAAGUAUUCUGCAUCUGGAAUGCCUCUUUGCGAGAAAAUUAGGCAAUCCUGAAUGGACAUGGACCUCAACUUUCCGCCGAUAUCUGACAGGAUGGGCAAUCGCUGCACGAGAAAGAGACUACAAGUAUCGUCUCUCGAUAUACUACGCUAAACAUCAUGAUUCCGGGCUUUAUACGUGCUCCACACCCAAAGGAUUAUCCAAUUCUAUACAAGUUCGUGUUAUAGAUGUCCAGUGUUCGGUAUUGGCCGUUCCUGAACCACCGUUGAUCAGUGAUAUCGGGGGUAGUCGAAUAGGAGACAAUGCAAUUUUCGAGUGUCCAAUGGGUUAUAGAUUAGAGGGUGCUUCCGGUAUUACGUGUCAAUAUAACGGCAAAUGGUCAGCAAGUGUGCCACAUUGCGAAGAAAUCGAAUGUCCAGCAAUAGAUAUCGCAGACAACCCAUUAUUAACUUUGAUCGAGCAUAAUAAUACUUAUGGCGGAAAAGUUGUUUUCACUUGUAUGUGGGGAUAUAAGCUGUCUGGUUCGCAAAGUAUAAAAUGUGAAGGAAAUGGCAGAUGGAAUGGAACUAUACCAACUUGUCUUGAAAUUACUUGUCCAAUACCAGAGACGCCACGAAGCGGACGCAUCAUCGAGCAAACACGAUACUCUAAUAAGAAGCGAUAUCGCGCCCAAAUAUAUAAAGUUGGUGCCCUAGUGAGAUUCGCUUGUUUACCGGGUCAUCAACUGAUAGGAGAAGCAUCCAUCAUAUGUACUGAAAACGGCACCUGGUCUCACCGUCCACCCGUAUGUAAAGUAAGAUGUCCUUACCCGGGUGAUCCUCCUCAUGGUCGAAUCGCGCCUCUCAAGUUUUGGUACAAACCAGGAGACAACAUUCAAGUAACAUGUUCGCCUGGCUAUGUGACUCCUUUGGAACCAGUGAAGAAACCGUCGUGUCGAGAAAAUGGCAUUUGGAGCGCACCACCGCCUCCCUGUCGAUCUUACAAAGAGGUGUAAACGUGAAGAAAAAUCGCUGAAUCUCUUAUAAGUUUUACGGGCUAUCGGGCUCUUUUAUCUUUCAACGAGAAAACACAUCUGAUAUUCAUUACGGGUAGCAUAUAAAUAAGAGGAACGUGGAGAGACUCGCGUAAAACAUUCGUUUUGUUUCGAAUGAUAGAUAUGCUAUGUAAAGUUAAUGAUUUUAUCAGAUAAUGAAUAUAGCAAUCGUACGAAUCGACAAAUAAUCACGAAUAGAUCACUGGAAGGAAACAUCUUGCGUUAAACGUAGGCCGCAAAAUGACCAGUAUUUUAUUUAUAAUUUACUUCCAGAUAUACAACGAUUUUAAUAAAAAAUAAAUCCCUUUUUAA